AAGGACCCAAUGAGACACCUAAACAAAACGCAAGUGACCAUGUUUGUCUUCUCUGGACUAACAGACAAUGAACAGCUUGCCCCAUUCCUCUUUACUUUCUUCUUGAGUGUUUACCUCGUCUGUGUGGUGUUCAACUUUGGCAUGAUGUUCAUAAUCCUUAAAGCCUCCAACCUCCAGACUCCGAUGUACUACUUCCUUAGUUAUCUCUCUUUGGUGGACCUUUUCUACUCCUCAGUUAUAACUCCUAAAAUGUUGGCUGACCUUAUGUCCAAGAUAAAGUUCAUCUCGUUUUACAACUGUGCAGUCCAGUUCUUUUUCUUUGAUGCUCUGGUCGUUACUGAAUCAUUUUUACUCUCAUCCAUGUCCUAUGACCGAUAUGUUGCUAUCUGCCGCCCUCUACUUUACGUUUCAGUUAUGACCAGCAAAAAGUGCUUGAGUCUUGUUUUCCUUUGUUUUUCUAUUGGAUUCCUUCAGUCCGUAGUACAAACCAGCUGUGUGUUUAGUCUUGAGUUCUGUGGUCCAAACUUCAUAGACCAUUUCUACUGCGACGUACCGCCACUGCUUAUCCUGGCCUGCUCCAGCACUCUGUGGUGCAAUUCAAUCACUAUCUUCUUUGUCAUUGCUUGUGGUAUAGGCUCAUUGAUGACUAUCUUGGUCUCAUACACUUUUAUAGUUACUUCUAUCAUACAGAUAAAGUCCAGCAAGGGAAGACAGAAGGCAUUUGGUACUUGUUCCUCACAUCUCAUGUGCAUUUCUAUCUUCUAUGGGACUGUUUUUUUCAUUUACCUACGCCCUCCAAACAGUGCCUUUGAGAACCAAGACAAGUCGGCUUCUGUGUUUUACACAGUAAUGAUACCAAUGCUGAACCCUCUUAUAUAUAGCCUGAGAAACCAAGAGGUAAAAAGGGCUAUCAAGAAAGCACUUCACAUAUGUCCCUGA